AUGAAUAUGCUUCACUUGGACGACCGCAAUGCCUCACCCGCACCGAGUGGCGGGGAACAUUCCCUUCCGACGGGAGGAGCUGUGUGUCGUGUCGCCAUGGACACACUUUCCGUGAUAUUGAGAGCUCCGGUCGCGUUGUUACUUCUGCUCAUCGUCCUGCCGCAAUUGUCAGUGGGCGCCGAGGCUAAUGCGACAGCCAAGGUUCUCUCCGCCACGUGGAGCGCGUACAUGCCGCAGGAGUAUGUGACCGCGAUCAAUGCUGGCUUCAGUGCCUCACUAGAGUCACGAAACUGGACUGUCGCCGGAAGCGUGAAAGUUGAGGUUGUUUAUCCUAGGAACCUUGACCUGAUGCCCCAAGAUUUCAUUAAAGAGCAGUUGGAGCUGGAAACGGACCAGAAUAAAAUUGUUAUAGUGUAUGGACCCCUCGGUGACAUUGUCACGUACCUUGCUCUUCCAAUCCUUAUGAAACAUAAUGUCGUGGCAUUUUCCCCUAUGACUGGAUCCACUUUUAUCCGACAAUGGAAUCCGUACCUUUACUUUCUGCGUGCCGACCCCGCUGCUGAGACGUUGGCUCUCAUUCGCUAUGCGCUGUGCCAGUUGCGCGUGCUGCGCUUAGGUUUCAUGUACCUUCAGGGUGUUCAUUAUGGCGACGAGGAGUAUGCUUUAACAGUGAACGUGAUGUCUCAGAUGGGUUAUGAGCUGCAUGGUGUGUUCACCGUGAUGAGUCCAGACGGUGAGCCCGCUCCUGAUGGUGAGUUCAGAGAGGUGUUCGAGCGCUUCGCCGCCGCCCUUCCUCAGGCCAUCAUUGUCUUUGGUGCGCCAGAAAAAGAUACCGCGAAGUUCUUGAUGAUGAUGGUAGCGGAGGAGCGCAUCGCUCGCUCUUAUAUUCUUGGUCCAUCAUCCGUCCAGGCGUCACUUGCACAAAUGUGGUUACACGCUCUGGCAACUGCAGGAACCUCAUUCGCGCCCGGGCAGCUACUUUUCACAGGCACCAAUCCGCUUGCGAAGGACAGCCAGUACAUAGCAAUCAAGCGUUUUCAAGGAGUUAUGAGUGAAUACCUGAAAACUCACGUCAGCGAAACCAACAUCACUGAAGCAGAUUAUUUCCUGACCCAUGGCACUGAGGGAGAGUUGAUGGUGUAUGGGUGGCUUGCGGGGGAGGUAUUGACCCAGGCACUUAGUAGUCUUGAAUGGCUCAAGGACCGCACUACUUUUGUCAGGUCGCUAUACAGCCAACGGCGCUACGUCAUCAAUGACAUUGUGAUCGGUGAUUAUGGCGGUACGUGUGAGGGGGAGGCGGCCAAGCAUGGCGCCACCUGUGAGUGUAACCAAGGCAGCAAGGCGGUGUAUGUGAAAGAGAUGUUGGAAAAUGGCCAGACGACGACAAUGGAAAGUGGAUUCACAGUGGUGAAGGCUUCGCAGUGCUAUACUGAAUCUUCGGAGCUUCAAGGGCCACUGAAUGGACUCACCGUUUUCAUGGAAGACGACGACACCGCGUCGAAGGCAGCUGCGCUGUGGCAGAAGGGGGCCUCCCAUCUUGUCGGCAAGGGUGAUUUGGGACACUCGGACAGGUUCUUUCUGCACGCAUUUAAUACUACCAUAGCUGAGGCAGCGAACGAUCUUCGGUAUGAGCAAGGUGAAAGAAUCGUAACCGCUGUGUUUGGCCCCGUGACUGAGGCGAUGUUGGACACGCCGAAUAUAACCUUUAUCGAUCCCCUGGAACUCAAACCACAGCUGAAUAAGUUCAGGAGGCACGUGAUUCAUCUCUCGCCCACCCUGGAACAACAACUUUACGUUCUUUCAUCGUACCUCGCAGGCGACGGGGUCGGUACUGUUGAUGCCGUCAUCUGCAGCAACGAAGCGGAUGGAAUUGCAGAUUUUCUGCGGAGUUCACUAAAUGAAUUCGGUGUCUCACUACGUUCUGCUGUCAUACGUGAAGAUGGGGAAGGUGUUGGUAAAUACCUUCCGAUAAGUGGGACCGUGUUUGUCAUUGGCCUUUCCGUUCCAGAUGUGAGGGAAAUCGCGAGGAAACUUGAAGAACGCAACGAUUUGCGUGUUAUUGUUCUCUUCGGGGAAUUUUCAUUACUGUAUGAUAUGUUUACCACGGCCCUCAAUAACACCGCAGGCGCCGCACGUCUUGUGUUUGCCACCAGCUUGCCACAUUGGGGUGAUACUGAAACCUCAUCGAAGACUGCUCAACUGUUCCAUGAUGUUGAAAAAGACUCACGAUUGUGGACACCCCUAUCACUUCUGGCAUUCGCAACCGGUCGAUUGAUGCGGGUAAUACUUCUUCAUGUAGAAGAAAUGAGUCCAGACACGUUGGUAAAUUUCUUCUAUGCCGAUUCUUCCAUCAUCUCUGAUGACAUGCGCUACGGUGUAUUCGACGACACAAAAUGCGACACCGCAGAGAAACUUUCGAAGAAUGAUUGUGCCUCAAACUAUGGCGCAACGCAGGUAUCCGUGUGGUCUAUGGCCCGUGCCCUCAACGCCUCCAUUCCUCCACUUACAAAUCCCAUGACACCGUCAAUGAGCUUCAGAGACCCUAGCGAAGGAAAACUCUCCGGGGCGUCGCUGGUGGGCGUCAUCAUCGGUGCUACCUUUGCUUUGUUUCUUAUGGUGGCUCUGGGCGUGGUUCCAUACUUUGUCCUGCGCAGCACCCGUGAUAACAACAGCGCGCCAAAGGAGCCCACAGAUCCUGUGACAAUUGUUUUCACAGAUAUUGAAAGCAGCACGGCACAGUGGGCUGCCCACCCCGAUGUCAUGGCUGAUGCCGUUGCCACACACCACAAGUUGAUCCGCGCGCUGAUCUCCCAGUACGAGUGUUACGAGGUGAAGACCGUUGGGGACUCGUUCAUGAUCGCGAGCCGAAAUGUGUUUAUGGCGGUGCAACUUGUGCGGGAUCUGCAGAGGGCGUUCCUUCGCCACAACUGGGGCGCGUCCGUAUUUGACGAGUAUUAUCGCAGUCUUGAGCAGGACCGUGCGUUAGAAAGUGAGGGAUACGUGCCGCCAACCGCACGCCUGGACCCCGACGUGUACCGAAAGUUGUGGAAUGGCCUCCGAGUGCGAGUUGGUGUGCACACCGGAUUGUGUGACAUUCGCCACGAUGAGGUGACAAAGGGUUACGACUACUAUGGUCAUACGUCGAACAUGGCUGCCCGCACAGAGAGCGCUGCGAAUGGUGGACAGAUAUUGCUAACACGUGCAACAUACCUUUCGCUAAGCACAGCAGAGCGUGAGCAACUUGACGUCACUGCGCUGGGCGCCGUCCCACUGCGUGGUGUUCCCGAUCCGGUGGAAAUGUACCAAGUUGAUGCUGUGGUCGGUCGGUCCUUCGCUGCACUGCGCCUCGACGGGGAAGUCGAUCUGAUUGCGGAUAGCGGGAUAAUAAACGCAUCCACCAGCGACUGCGCGUCCUUUUGUGAAUUGGGUCAGUCAGCACAGGCGAUAGUGGCAGUCAUGCGCGCACUUUUUGGCACUUUUACAGCAUCACAACGGAAAAAGUUGUUAGUGCCCUUCUGCGAGCGUUGGCGUGUGACGUUGCCACCGAAAACCAAGUCCGUGUGGGAUGAUAACGACUGUCAGGAAGUUAUGCGGCGUAUAGCAACAAAAGUGGGCCAUGUCGUUGAUUUCACAGCUGGCAAUACCGUUGAGCCCUCCGUGGACACAAGGCGACGGUCAUCCCUAGCAUUCUUACCUUUGCAAGGUCUGUGGUCUGGUUGGGAAGGAGCACCGCGAAACUCCCCCACAAGCAGCGAACGAGAAUAA